AUGGAAGAAAAAAACAAAUUGCGCCGACCCCAAAUAAAACGGGACAAGGGCAGGAAGAUGGAUAUUUUGCACUUUAUGGUGCAAACAGCUUUUAAUUCUAUCACCUCUAUAGUAGUGCGCAUAGAAAUGAAGAAAGUCAUCAGUGACAGUGUGAUCGAAGUUAGAGAUUUCAUUUUUUUAUGUGAUAGGGUUUCAAACAAGCUUACCGAUUACCUGAUGCGAGACAGUUGGACACCCGUGCGUAGCACUGGAUUCCUGGUCCACCGAGCGGAAGGCCUAUCCCCGAAGCCUAUACGUUUCGCCACUCGAGUACUUUUCGGGCCCAUCGACCGUCCUACCUUCGAGCGACGUGACCUUUUUAGCCUGCAGCAGAUGUAA